AUGCAGUUCACUAGUGCAGUCAUUGUAGCAACAUCAGCCAUUGUGGCAGUCAAUGCCGCUGCAGUUCCAGCAUCGGACAGUGCAGGUUUACAGAAACGAUCAGCAGAUACGGUAGCAUCGCCUAUGGUUGAUGGUUCCGAUUUAAACAAACGAUCAUUCGAAUCCAAUUUUGAUGCACCACAUCUUGAACGUCGAUCUUAUGGCUUUGGAGGUUUUGGAGCAACUCAUUUCUGGCCUUCAUGGACUUCAAGCAUGUGGCCUUCGUGGAGAUCCAGUUCCUGGAGUUCCUGGAACUAUUAA